AUGCCAUGUGUGUGCCUCAUCGUUGUGAUUGCAGGCUUCGCUGAGCGGGCGUUGGUGGACUACGUGGUGUCCAUCGCUCGCCGUGCCAAGCACCCCGACGCUCUCUGCACGACCCUUGAGGCUCAGGGGCUGCCGGCUUCCCAGGCCACCCGCAGCUUUGCAAUCGACCUGCUGUCGAGAUGCAGCGGCGCAGGUACCAGCGGCGCAUCUGCUGCGGUCUCGGCGCAGAGGCAGGCCCACGCAGAGGCCGUGGCAGCCGCGCGGCGGAACCAGGCCUACAGCCUGAUAGUCGCCGACGACGACGCGCCCGGGGAGCAGCCCCGCACCGCCCCCUCCCCUGGUGGCCCCCUGGAGGGCAGGGAUGGGGGUUCAGAUCGCGGGAGCAAGAGCUCCAAGCGGCGCAGCACCCGCAAGUCACGGCCGGGCGACGAUGAUGACGGCGGCGCAGAGGGAGCCCUGGUCGCCAGGCCGGCGAGGAAGCGCGCGUGGGAGGAGGAUCCGGCCGGGCAGGACCCCGAAGCGGCGGCCGCGGCGGCCGAGUUGGAGGCACGCGAGGCGGCGCGCGAGGCCGACAAGGCAGCGAAGGAGGACUUUGAGGCGCGACUGCGGGAAAAGGACGAGGCGCGGACGCGCAAGCUCGCCGAGAAGAAGAUCCCGCGGGAGGAGCUGGAGGACCUGCAGAGGCGGCGCGCCGCCGAGGCCGCCGAGGACCGCUCGGCCGUCACCGGGAUGCUCAGGGACAUGUCGAGGCAGGAGUACCUGAAGAAGCGGGAGGAGGCCAAGCUCCAGGAGCUGAAGGACGCGCUGGAGGACGAGAAGUUCCUCUUCCAGGGCAAGAAGAUGACAGAGAAGGAGCGGCGGGACCUGGCAUACAAGGAGGAGGUGUAUCGGCUGGCCGUGGAGAGGAAGAAGCAGCUGGACGAGCUGGAGCACGACGAUGCCUAUCACCUGCCCGGCAGCUACGACGCGCCCGGCACCGCGCCAGACAAGCGUUACGAGGUGCUGACGCAGCGGUACCGCGAGCCGGAGGAGGACGAGGUGCCGGACGCGCCCUGGGCGCAGCAGGAGGCAUUCGAGGCAGAGCAGAUCCGGAAGGCGGUGAAGACCAGCGCCAAGGCGGCGCAGGCACCAGCCUAUGACUAUGUGUUUGAGGACCAGGUGGAGUUCAUCGUCGACCAGAUGCUGGGAGGGGAGGGCGAACUCCUGUGGCCGCCUGGGUGCAGGGAGGAUCUGCUGAAGGCCAUUGCGGAGCACCAGGUGCUCAUCAUCGUCGGCGAGACGGGGUCGGGGAAGACCACGCAGAUCCCGCAGUACCUAUACGAGGCAGGGUAUGGCAAGGCCGGCAAGAUCGGCUGUACACAACCAAGGCGUGUGGCUGCCAUGUCGGUGGCGGCCCGUGUGGCUGUGGAAGUCGGCGUGAAGCUGGGGGCCGAGGUGGGCUACUCCAUCCGCUUCGAGGACUGCACGAGCGACAAGACCGUGCUCAAGUACAUGACAGACGGCAUGCUGCUGCGGGAGUUCCUCUCAGAACCGGAUCUGGCCGGGUACAGCUGCAUGAUGGUGGAUGAGGCGCAUGAGCGCACCCUCCACACCGACGUCCUCUUUGGGCUGGUGAAGGACAUUGCACGCUUCCGGCCGGAGCUGAAGCUGCUCAUCUCCUCUGCCACGCUCGACGCCGAGAAAUUCUCCGAGUACUUUGACAAUGCCCCCAUCUUUCGAAUCCCGGGCCGGCGGUACCCAGUGGACAUCCUGUACACUAAGGCCCCCGAGGCAGACUACCUGCACGCGGCGGCGGUGACCACGCUGCAGAUCCACGUCACACAGCCGCCGGGGGACGUCCUCAUCUUCCUGACGGGGCAGGAGGAGAUUGAGGCCUGCGAGGAGCUCCUUCGCCAGCGCACCCGCGGCAUGGGCAGCAAGAUCGGGGAGCUCAUCAUCGCCCCCAUCUAUGCCAACCUGCCCUCGGACAUGCAGGCCAAGAUCUUCGAGACUACCCCCCCCGGUGCACGCAAGGUGGUCAUUGCCACCAACAUUGCCGAGACGUCGCUCACCAUCGAUGGCAUCAAGUACGUGAUAGAUCCUGGCUUCUGCAAGCAGAACUCGUACAACCCACGUACAGGGAUGGAGUCGCUGCAGGUCACCCCCAUCUCCAAGGCGUCGGCGCUGCAACGUGCAGGGCGCGCGGGGCGCACCGCGCCGGGCAAGUGCUUCCGGCUGUACACGGCCUGGGCGUAUCAGCAUGAACUGGAGGACUCCACGGUGCCGGAGAUCCAGAGGACUAAUCUGGGGAAUGUGGUACUCAUGCUCAAGUCGCUGGGCAUCAACGACCUCAUCAACUUUGACUUCAUGGACCCGCCGCCCACCGAGACGAUGCUGAGGGCGCUGGAGCAGCUGUAUGCGCUUGGCGCGCUGAAUGACAAGGGCGAGCUCACCACCAUGGGCCGCAAGAUGGCCGAGUUCCCGGUGGACCCCAUGCUGGCCAAGAUGAUCAUCAACAGCGAGAAGCAUGGCGUGUCGGAGGAGGUGGCCACCAUAGCUGCCAUGGUGUCCAUCGGCGGCUCGGUCUUUUACCGCCCCAAGGACAAGCAGGUGCACGCGGACAACGCGCACAAGGCCUUCUACAGAGGCAACGUCGGGGACCACAUUGCCCUGCUGAAUGUCUACAACUCUUGGGCCGAGACCAAUUUUGCUACGCAGUGGGACAUCCGGGAUCAAAUCCUGGGCCUCAUGGAGCGCUGCGAGGUGGAGCUGGUGAGCAACGUGGGGGACCUGGAGGGCAUGCGCAAGGCCAUCACCGCCGGCUUCUUCUACCACACCGCCUCCCUGCAGCGCAACGGCAGCUACCGCACCGUCAAGAACCCUCAGACCGUGGCCAUCCACCCCUCCAGCGGCCUGGCGGAGGCCCUGCCGCGCUGGCUGGUCUACCACGAGCUCGUGCUGACGACCAAGGAGUACAUGCGCGUUGUGUCGGAGAUCAAGCCCGAAUGGCUGGUGGAGAUCGCGCCGCACUACUACAGCCGCAAGGAGAUCAUGGACCAGGCCGCGAAGAAGCUGCCCAAGCAGCUGGGCAAGGCGGCCGAGCCCACAUGA